AUGGCAAAUGUCAGCUCGGGGGCUCACCGAAAGGUGGCGUGGAGUUUUCCGCCCGAUUCGGCAAACAUUUCGCGAUGGGCGGCGAGGCUGAGUGCCAUCCUGUUCCGGCCGCGUGGUACACCCCCCACAUUUACAUCAAUUUCCCGGUCACGGAAUCUGGCUACCCACGGGGUUAUUGCGCCUAAAUAUCCCCAGAAGGGCACCUCCCUAUCAGAACUGAAUUUCUUCCAGCAACUCAUUGGAGCUAUGACGACCACCAUGGAGUCGAAAAGUGCCAUUUCUCACGACGAACAUCUGUCCAUCGAAAAGCCUCAAUAUCAUACCGCUACGGGCGGUGUUACCAAUGCCGCCCAUCUCUAUCAAGGCAAGCACCGUCUCCUGCUUCGGACCUGA